ACUUUGACAUUUAUAGAUGACAUAACCUAGUUUUCUUAGGCCCCCUUGUUCUUUUCUUUGAAAAAAUAGUAUUUUGUUAAUUAGUGUAAAUAUAUAUCUCCAAGCUUAGAGCUAAGUGAACAAAAUGGUUUUUACUACAGCAAUAAAUUUCAUAAGGGCCCGAGGACCGGACGAAAUUUGGAGAAAACGUAGGAUUCUCAAAUUGGCUGCUCACUAUGUCGGCCGGAGACGUAACUGUUAUAGUAUUGCCGUUCGGUCUGUCCACAGAGCCUUGGUAUAUGUAACUAAAGGAAGACAUCUCAAAAAAACCGAUAUGAUCAAUUUAUGGGAUACAAGAGUUACCGCAGCUUGUAAUCAACACAAUAUAGAAUAUGGUACUUUUAGAGAAGCCUUAUCCCGUUGCGAUAUUAUGUUGAAUAGGAAAUGCUUGGCUGACUUAGCAAUUUGGGAACCACAUUCUUUUAAAGCUUUAGCAGAUGUUGCUAAAAGGAGAGGAAUAGAUGAUGGACUGCGAGGAAUUGUUAAGGAGCAUGAAGUUGAUAGAGUUAUUACACGAGGAACAGUCAGGAGUAAAUAGGUUUUAAUUUGUUAACUCUCUUAGAGGUAAAUAAAAUGCUGAUAGUUAUGAGA